UCACCAUGUGAGAAGUAGGGUUUUUUUCAUACGGGAGCGAUGCUCAAGUUCCUCAAGGGCGUGGUUGGAUCUGCCGCUGGCGGGAUCAAGGAUCUCCCAUACAGCAUCGGUGAUCCCUACGCCGCGAGCUGGGGAUCAUGGACGCAUUGCCAGGGAACAUCCAAGGAGGACAAUUCCCCCGUGUCGAUCUUCUCUUUCACGGCCUCUGGCGCUCAGGAUGGUCGGCUAGCGCCAGCGCGCAAUGGUGUCAAGCGCCUUAGAACGGUGCGGCAUCCAAAUGUUCUAUCCUUCCUCCAUAGCACCGAAGUGGAAGGAAUGGAAGGGAAGAUCACGAUUUACGUUGUGACUGAGCCCGUGAUGCCUCUAGCGGAGAAAAUCAAGGAUAUGGGCUUGAUAGACACUCAAAGGGAUGAGUAUUUCGCCUGGGGAUUGCAUCAAGUUUCCAAGGCCGUGAGCUUCCUCAACAAUGACUGCAAAUUGGUACAUGGAAAUGUAUGUUUAUCUGCCGUUGUGGUUACUCCCGCACUGGAUUGGAAGCUUCAUGCCUUCGACGUGCUUGCGGAGUUUGAUGGUGCGAAUCCGGAGGCAUCUGGACCCAUGCUGCAAUAUGAAUGGUUAGUGGGGAGCCAGUACAAGUCUUUAGAAUUUGCCAAAGCCGACUGGGCGUUAAUUCGCAAAUCUCCUCAAUAUGCGCUGGAUGCGUGGGGUCUAGGAUGCUUGAUAUACGAGCUAUUCUCGAACACAAAUCUGGCAAAAACGGAGGACUUACGAAACACAGCACCAAUUCCCAAGAAUUUGUUGCCCGAUUAUCAAAGGUUGCUGAGCUCUCAGCCCUCACGGAGACUAAAUCCUUCGAAGUUGAUAGAAAACAGCGAUUUCUUUCAAAAUAAACUUGUGGAAACAAUCCAGUUCAUGGAGGUCCUGAACCUGAAGGAUAGUGUUGAAAAAGACUCGUUUUUUAGAAAGCUGUCAACUCUUGUGGAACAGCUUCCUCGGCAAAUAGUUUUGAAAAAGAUUCUUCCAAUGGUGGCUUCAGCUCUGGAGUUUGGGUCCGCAGCAGCUCCUGCGUUAACUCCGUUUUUGAAAAUGGGGGCCUGGCUGUCACAAGACGAACUAACAUCCAAGGUUGUGCCGACUAUUGUAAAACUUUUUGCGUCGACCGACCGUGCUAUUCGAGCAAGUUUAUUGCAAAACAUUGAUCAGUAUGGAAAUGCUUUUCCAUCUCAACUCUUGGAUGAGCAAGUUUUUCCGCAUUUGGCGACUGGUUUUUCGGACACUUCUGCCUUGCUACGAGAGCUAACGUUGAAGUCAAUGCUCAUUCUUGCACCAAAGUUGUCUCAAAGAACCAUUACGGGAUCUCUGUUGAAACACUUAUCGAAAUUGCAGGUUGACGAAGAACCUGCGAUACGAACGAACACUACAAUUUUACUGGGAAACAUUGCCGGCCUUCUUAACGACUCUACAAGAAAAAGAGUCUUGAUCAACGCGUUCACGGUGAGGGCUCUAAGGGAUGGAUUUGCUCCUGCAAGGGGUGCUGGUAUUAUGGCCCUCACAGCCACAAGCCAAUACUACGAUGUGGUAGAGAUUGCUACUCGGGUGCUACCCAGCCUUGUUAAUUUGACAAUCGAUGCUGACAGUGACGUGAGGACUAAAGCCUUUGAAGCUACUGAAACAUUCUUGCAGCUUGUCCGGAAGCAUCACAACAAGCAGCUCGAGGAUGGAGUGAGUCCCAGUGAUAACGCUAGUAUUCUCCCUGUCGCAACGUCAGGUCUUCUCGGCUGGGCUGUGAGCUCUCUCAAGACCAAGGCUCCCGAUCUACCGAGCCAAACAUCCGGCACUCUUUCAACCGUGUCCUCGGAACCUAUCGCCGCCACUGCUGCCGCUGCUCCAUCCGUGGAGCAUCACCAGCCAGCACGCCAGCCCAGCACUUCCUUGAGCGAAGAUUUCUUCGACAGCGUAGCCGACGACCAAAGAGCGGACGACGAACGAGAUGGAUGGGACGACAUGGAAGACUCGGCAGCUGCCACAGCAACUCCAUCACUGUCGAGAAUACAAGCUGCGCAACAGCGUCCCAUUGCAUCGGCACCUCUCCCGUCCCAUGCGAACACAAACGGCCCCGAGCAAAUAACCACUGGAGCAACGGUUGCUAGACAAGCAAGCAAAACGCAAGUGAGCGAUGACGAGGAUCCGUGGGCCGAGAUCGCUGCGCCACCUCCAUCGACGAAACCACGGGCAGUUGUUUCAACUCAGUCGAGAGUAAGGCAGGGACAGCACGUAUCUUUGGGGGCCAUGGGCUUGGGCGGUGCUGGACGAGGCCGAGGACGAAGCUCAGCAGCGCCCAUGAAGCUUGGCGCUCAACGCGUCACAAAACCUCCUCCAUAGUGACAAGAGCGCUGGAGUUUUAUUCUUUGUACUAUAAGAAAGAUAAAGAUUUUUUCCAAGUGUAUGAACAUCGUGAAAAAGAAAUAAUUUCAGUAAGAUGCUUUUUAGAUUCGUCCAGAUAACUUUAAACUUUUUGGAUGAGGGGUUUCUUGACAAGGUCAAUACAACAAAAGCAUUGGCUAGACCGUCAGCUCAUUUGGAGGGCACAGUGUGGAGGCAUGGACGGCCAACACAGCGUUAAGACUGUCUCUGCGCAGGAAGCCCAGGCGCUGAUGAAAGAUGAGGGCUAUGGAUACUUGGAUGUGAGGACUGUUGAGGAGUUUUCUGCUGGACAUGUGGAGAACGCUGUGAACAUCCCAUACAAGAUCAAGAGCGGCUUUGGCAUGGCUUCAAACCCAAAGUUUGUGGAAGAAGUUUCAGCCAAGUUUCCAAAAGACACAAAGCUUGUAAUUGCUUGUCAGGGUGGCAUGCGAUCUGCAGCAGCUGCUAAAGAACUCAAAGCCUUGGAAUUUGCCAACCUUGUGGACAUGGCUCCUGGAUUUGGAGGCUGGGCUCGCUUGGGCUUACCUUCUACAAAGUGACACAUGAAAAAUAGUUGCUCUCUUAAAUAAUUCUACAUCUCGUAGGAAUUAAUUUACUUGUCUGUUUCAAACAAUAAUUCUACAUCUCGUAGAACGUUAUUAUCUGUUUUAUAUAAAAUAUGCACUGAUGUC